UCUUCUACUUUUCUUCAUUCAAACAUUCAAAUCUCUGCCCGUCUCCAUUAUUCUCUUCAAUUCCCACUAUUCAUCCCUUCUCUAUUUAGACUUGUAAACCCAAUCGUCAUCUUAUUCAUCGUCGUCAUCAGAAGAAGAAGAACAAGAGAAGAAACAAUGUGUGGAAUUUUCGCAUAUCUGAAUUACAAUGUUAACAGAGAUAGAAGAUACAUUCUUGAAGUUCUAUUUAAUGGGUUAAGACGGUUAGAGUACAGAGGUUAUGAUUCAGCUGGGAUCUCUAUUGAUUCCUCCGAUCUCACUUCUCUUCCUCAGAUUCAUCACUCCAUUUCCGCAAAAUCUCUUCCUCCUCUUGUUUUUCGCCAGGAGGGUAACAUUGAUUCACUUGUUAAAUCUGUCAACGAAGAAGUCAGUGCCACGGAUCUGAGUUUGGAAGAGUCAUUUUAUGUUCAUGCUGGAAUUGCACACACAAGAUGGGCAACUCAUGGGGAGCCUGCUCCUAGGAAUAGUCAUCCGCAGUCAUCUGGAGCUGGAAAUGAUUUCGUCGUUGUCCACAAUGGUGUUGUUACAAACUACGAGGUCUUAAAAGCAACUUUAGUCCGACAUGGGUUUACCUUUGAAUCCGAAACAGAUACUGAAGUAAUUCCAAAGCUUGCGAAAUAUGUAUUUGAUCAGGCAAAUGAGGGAGAAGGCGACCACUCUGUCACAUUUACUCAAGUUGUAAUUGAAGUUAUGAGGCAUCUCGAAGGUGCAUAUGCUCUUGUUUUUAAAAGUCCACAUUAUCCGAAUGAGUUGAUUGCCUGCAAACGUGGUAGCCCACUUCUCCUUGGUGUUAAAGAUUUGGCUGAAGAUUUGAGUAACGGUACAUCUUUUCAUGACUUAAAGUUCCUCACCAAGAGUGAGCAGCCCAAAGAACUAUUCUUUUCUAGUGAUGCACAAGCUCUUGUUGAACACACAAAAAAGGUCUUGGUGAUAGAGGAUGGUGAGGUAGUACAUAUUAAGGAUGGAGGUGUCUCAAUUUUUAAAUUUGACAAUGACAAGACAAGAGCUAAUGGCACCCUCCCAAGAUCUGAAUCUGUGCAGCGUGCAUUAUCUGUUCUCGAAAUGGAGGUUGAGCAAAUAAACAAAGGACAUUAUGAACACUACAUGCAGAAGGAAAUUCAUGAACAGCCAGAGUCCCUAACUACUACCAUGAGGGGAAGGCUCAUACGGGGAGAUUCUUGCAAAGCCAAAAGUGUUCUUUUGGGUGGGUUGAAGGAUCACCUCAAAACAAUUAGAAGAAGUAGGCGACUUGUUUUUAUCGGUUGUGGUACAAGCUAUAAUGCAGCUUUAGCUGCAAGACCCAUUCUGGAAGAGCUUUCUGGUGUCCCCGUAACAAUGGAAAUUGCAAGCGACCUAUUGGACAGGCAGGGCCCCAUAUAUAGAGAAGACACAGCUUUUUUUGUCAGUCAGUCUGGCGAAACUGCAGAUACUUUGAAUGCACUGGAAUAUGCUUUGGAAAAUGGUGCACUAUGUGUUGGCAUAACAAAUACCGUUGGUAGUGCAAUAUCCAGGAAUACUCAUUGUGGGGUUCAUAUUAAUGCCGGGUGUGAGAUUGGUGUAGCGAGCACUAAGGCAUACACAAGUCAGAUAGUUGUGAUGGCUAUGAUAGCUUUAGUUAUAGGCGAUGACACAAUUUCCAGUCAAGGGAGGAGAGAGGCUAUUAUAGAUGGUUUAUUUGACUUGCCAAACAAAGUGCGGGAAGUACUGAAGCUUGACCAAGAAAUGAAGGAUCUAGCAAAACUAUUAGUGUCCGAGCAAUCUUUGCUUGUGUUUGGAAGAGGUUACAACUACGCAACAGCACUGGAAGGUGCUUUAAAAGUGAAAGAGGUGUCCCUUAUGCACAGUGAAGGAAUACUUGCUGGUGAAAUGAAGCACGGUCCUUUGGCCCUAGUUGAUGAGAAUCUUCCAAUUGUUGUUAUUGCGACUCGUGAUGCUUGUUUCACUAAGCAGCAGUCAGUAAUCCAACAGCUUCAUGCACGUAAAGGUCGCUUGAUUGUAAUGUGUUCAAAAGGAGAUGGAUCACUGGUUUGUCCUGGUGACUCAUGCCGAGUUAUUGAAGUUCCACAGGUUGAAGAUUGCCUUCAACCCGUGAUUAACGUAGUCCCAUUGCAGUUGCUGGCAUAUCACCUCACUGUCUUGCGCGGCUACAACGUUGACCAACCACGGAAUCUGGCGAAGAGCGUGACUACUCAGUGAUCCCUCCUCAGAAUCUGGCGAAGAGCGUGACUACUCAGUGAUCCCUCCUCACUUUUACUCAGUGAUCCCUCCUCAGAAUCUGGCGAAGAGCGUGACUACUCAGUGAUCCCUCCUCACUUUCACUUUCCUCGCAGUAUGCAGAGAACUCCAGAGGCUAUGGGCCGUGUUCAAAACCAGUCCAAGCCUGACAUCAUAUGUAGGCUCUCUUGAAGAGCUUGUGAAUACGACAGAUGAACUUUGGUGAGACUGAGCUGAGCUCCCACGUGCACAUUAUCAUCGGAAAACCAGGGCAAUCCAGAUUUAUCGUUAUUCAAGAUUGAAGCUUCAAGCUUUUAGAUUAGAAUUAGCCUUUAACAGGGCAAUCGAUAUUCAAGAUUGAAGCUUCAAGCUUUUAGAUUACAAUUAGUCUUUACGUACUUCGUGAUGUUGAUUACAAUUAUGUUGAAGGCUUUUACCAGUUCUUUUGCCCUUGUAGAUCAUUUCAGUUUAUUUGUUUA